AUGUCUUCCAAAACCGGUGGUGGCAAAGGCGGCAAGAGCAAGACUUCUGGUGAGGUCAAGGUUUUGACUACCAGGUCCUCCAAGGCUGGUCUUCAGUUCCCUGUUGGUCGUAUCCACCGAUUCUUGCGAAGCAAGAAUGCCAACAAUGUGCGUAUCGGAGCCAAGGCGGCCGUCUACGUCGCUUCCAUCAUGGAAUACCUCACUGCCGAGGUGCUCGAACUUGCCGGUAACGCCGCCAAAGAUCUUCGCGUCAAGCGAAUCACCCCCCGACACUUGCAACUCGCUAUCCGAGGUGACGAAGAGCUUGAUUUGUUGAUCAGGGCUACUAUUGCUGGUGGUGGUGUCCUUCCUCAUAUUCACAAGUCUCUUGUGGCCAAGCCUGUGGGACAGCAGUUGAAAAAGUCCAAGUCUGUCGUCGCCUAA